AUGGAAACAAUUAAACAUCCUAAACAAGUGUUGGCCUACAAUGGGGAAAUCAUCAUCUUUCAGAUUUCACAACUAAAAGGUACUUCCAAUGAUGAACAACAAAAUGUUUUACAAUUUUCAAGAAGAAGAUUUCAUGUGGACUCAGGAAAAUUUAUUGAAACGUCUUUUGGACAGUACAGCAUACAAUCCCAUAAAUCUUCUGUGGUGUUUGUAUGCGCACACUGUGUCGCAGAUGUUAGAACUGGUAUACAAUUCCCUUAUGUUUUGCUAAAGACAUGCAAAAGAAGGCAAAGUGGUUCAUCAAGGCUGGUUUUGCUGCAGGUACUCGGUUCAAAUGAGGUGGAACCAUGUUUGAAGUUCAAAGUAGACAAUGAAUCUAUAGAAGACCUACGCUUGAUUGAUGGUCCAAUUGUUCUUUGGAGACAAAAUGAGAAAAUUUUAUAUAUUUCAUCUUUGACAACAGAAAUUUUAACAGCUCCAGUUAAUUUUUCUGCAAUACACUGGGCUGGUACUGUUGAAGAUGGCACUUAUAUUUUGGGAGCAACAAAUGUGAGAGGAGAAGGAGGUAACUUACCAAGGACUUCUCACCCUGACAGAACUCUUCAUGGAUGUGAGUUUGUUUUGUACAACAUUGAAAAGCAGAAAGUCAUGUCAGGAUCUUGCCUUGUUCCACAUGCGUAUACAAGUGUAUUAUGCUGCCUUGAUGUCUGUACUAUGCAGUGUGUGAAUGGCACGUAUGAGACAUCCUCUGUAGGGGCCAGCCGUAAGCAGUUGAUCUGGUUUGAAAAUGGAGUUCCUAAGCGGGUCGUGCAGAUUCCAACUGAAAAUCUGUCAAUGUUACAGGCUGCAUAUACAAGCCAAGCACAUACAUUGUGCAUUUUGUCAUUUGCUACUGGGGAUGUUUGUGCGAUACGGAGGGAUGAGUUGCAGAUAACUGCAAAAUGGCAGCACGUUGGAAGAACAUUGGUAGACGAUUUUGUCGGCAGUGGAUCUGAUCAGAUUCUGCUAUUGUUUGAAGAUGAUCCAAGGCAUCCCACUGGCCAACAAGUGUUUAGGCUAACAGACUGUGCUGAAAUUAACUAUCCUAGUGACGCCAGAGAUGAAAAAAUCACUGAAAAUCAAUAUCAUGAAAACCAUUUUCUAAUGGUACAGGCACUUGAAGCAAGAUUACAGGCUGGCUUACUAUCACUUGAGGAAAUGGAAAACCAUCUUCAGGUUCAAGAAAGAGUUCUCCAGUCAUCAUGUGAGGCAUUCAUAAACAUGUCCCUGGACAAGGAGACAACUGUACACUCUGCAGAAGAGGUAAAU